AUGGCAAGAGAAGAAAAAGGGCGUUGGACAAAUGUGUUCAGCCCAGAAUUCGAUUGCGUGCUCGUUCAUGCUAGCCUGCUGCCUGAUGGCACGAUCCUCUAUUGGGGCCGGCGUCAACACCCCAAGGCCAAAAACUCAAAGGACCUCGACGAACACUUUACCACAGCCUUCGUCUGGACUCCUCCCUCUUGGGUUGCUCCCCCUUGGAAUCCUUCUACGCAGAAAUUCGGCGAGAGCAAGUCCACCCCAAUUAGCGGUAAGAGCACGCCCGCCAAGGUGGGUCGUGCCUGGGAUCUAUCGACAAACACCCUCAAGCCCGUUCCGAAUCCGCCGAAUGGUCCGCUCAACAGGCUUGGCAAUGGCACAGUCAAUCUAUUCUGCGGUGGCCACUGUUUUCUACCGGACGGCAACCUGCUCGUUGUUGGCGGGCAUAUCAAAGACAACGAGGGUCUCCGCCAGACUUCUGUUUACAACUACAAAACCAAAGAAUUCUGGUCCAUGACGGAGAUGAAUAAUGGCCGAUGGUACCCUUCGGCUCUGCCCCUUCCCGAUGGCCGCGUGCUCGUUCUCUCCGGCAGCUACAAGGAUGGAGAUAAGGACCCCAUAAACAAUAGCGUUCCACAGAUCUGGUCUCCCAAUGACCCCAAUGCGUGGAAAGAGGUCGCAGCACCAAUUCCCGACCAAUUUGUGUUCCCUUUGUAUCCGCGAGUGCAUCUUGAUCCGAACGGUCGUCGAGUCCUCAUGGCCGGCCCGCUGGAGCAGUCAUGGUUUCUUGAGCUCAAGGACAAGAAUAACAAGGAAAUCGUGACUCAAGUCAAGACUGACAACAACAAAAGUGUCUCAAUCUAUGGGAGAUGGAAAUCUGCAGAAAUAAAGCGUAAGGCUGGGGCAAGAGACUAUUGCCCGUCGGUCAUGUACGACAGCGGUAAGAUUCUGUACAUUGGUGGAGGGGACGGUAACGGGGGUCCCACUACGCAGGCCGAGUACAUCGAUUUGAAAGCCGAACCGCCAGAAUGGAAGAUGACGAAUAUGAAUACGCAGCGUAGGCAAUUCAACGCCACGGUGUUGCCUGAUGGCACUGUGUUUGUGACCGGAGGCACUCGUGCUAGCGGAUUCAACAAUUUAGAUACAAACAAUCCCGUGCAUGAAGCUGAGCUCUGGAAUCCUGUCAAUCAAAAAUGGACCACAAUGGCAUCGGAAAACUCCAAUCGCUGCUACCACGCCAUCGCACUACUGCUGCCCGAUGGCCGGGUCCUUUCAGCUGGGGGUGGUGAAUAUGGCGAUGCUGACAAGCUCGACAAUCAAAACCUUACGGACGGGCAAUUCUUUGAGCCACCUUAUCUGUUCAAGGGACCCCGACCAACCAUUCAGAGUGCGCCGAAGGAGAUCAAUUGCGGCGCCAACUUGACAUUCCCAGUCACUGUCGGUACUGACGACUCGAUCGACAGAGUGAGCUUGGUACGGCUUGGUUCCGUGACACAUUGUCGCAACAUGAACCAGUCACUUAUGUUCUUGGGACCCAUCAAGCAGACGGGCACGAAGAUUACAGUACCAGCUCCUGCCGACGAAAAUCAUGCACCGCCGGGUCAUUAUAUGCUCUUUGUGUUGAAUCAGCUGGGAGUACCGUCCGAGGCCCCGAUUGUCCGCGUUGUACCAGCACCAACAUCAGCCAACGCGUUUACAGCAUCCAUGCGUGUAGCAGAUAUUUCGCAGCCCACAAUCGCAGCAAAACAGGUUCAACCCACCCUUUUGGCGCACAAUGAAAGGAUUAUUAACGAGCAGGCCCGACCUCCCGUUGUGGUAGGCCUUACGCCUGUUUGUCCCUACGGCCUCGGAGGCUGCUGGGGUGUGGCUCAUGAUGCACUGCAGCGACUGAGUGGUAUCGAGACUGUCCGCCCGGUACCGGACCACACUGACUCCCUCGCUUUCGUCUACCUGCAACAAGAAGACAUCCUCCCUGACAUUGACGAAUGGCGGGACGAACUUGAGAAGGCCACGAACAAGGGAUACCAUAUGCGUGGUAUCGAGGUAACAGUCACCGGUGUGUGUAGCAAGACACAGCAUGGCGCCAACGAGCAGCUGACGCUGGCCGCCACAUCGACUCGACCAACAUUAAUCCUCGCGCCGUUCCAGGCAAGCAGCCAACUAAAAUUCGACAUGGCAGCGCAGAGUCCGAGACCAAUUGACGACGCAGAAGCUGGGGCAUACAAGCGGCUCUCGGCGACACUGGCAGAUCAUCCAGUAGGACUGGCAGUGCAGGUGACCGGGACGCUCCAGAAACAAGGCGCCAAUGAGUAUUCUCUCAACGUCAGAGAAUUUGAGGUAAACGCUUGA